AUGUUUUCGAUGAAUCCAGUCUGGCUGUAGAUAGGCGGGAUUUAGAAGAUAAGGUGAGUCAGGAUUGCGAAACCCCGGAGGAUAAUCGACCCACCCUGCCAGGUUCAGUCGCGCGGACGAAUGUUUUAAAUAAGGCAAAGGGAGCCAGGCUUAGAUUGAGACAUGGGUGAGACAGCUGGAAUGGAACAUAGGAUUGUUACAAGAUCUGCUGAGUAUAUUGGCUCAUUUCCUGUGGAUGACCGUUGUUUGGAUGAUCAGAUUCAGCAGCUGCACACUCAGCUGAAGUCUUUCAAGAACUGCAAGAGCAAGCGAAUGGUCUCAUUGAGGUUCUCUGUCAAGGGAGUCAAAGUUUAUGAUGAAGAUGAAAUGACGCUCCUCAUGGCUCACGCCAUGUGUCGAGUCUCGCUGUCCACCGCCCGUCCAACUGAUGCCCAGUUUGCCUUUGUCUCCCAUAAUCCUGGAAAUUCUGAAGCCCAGCUCUAUUGCCACCUCUUUAGAGCCAGACAUGCUCGAGCUGCCCAGUUCCUGAACCUGCUGCUUUGCCGCUGUUUUCAACUGUAUUUUCUGGAGAAGCACCCAGAGGAAGCACAGGAUGAGUGUUCAGGGAAGAAACCAACUCGAGCCCCAUCGUUGCUUAAUCAAGGUUUCCCUCUCAGUGUUAGUGCCUUGGUGUCUUUCCGCAGGGCCCCAACUCAAGGCCUGCUACCAGGGGCAAAGGUGUUCUCACAGCCAAGCACGGAGCAAGUCAGCAGUCCUGAAGAAGGCCCCACUUCUUCUCCGACUGUAAUUCGUAAAAAGGCGAUUCGAACUAAAGAGCUGAGCUCUGGAGCAUAUCGCUCUUUUACAUUUACUCCUCUCAAACAGCGGCACCUGCAGGAUAAACUGAGUGCACCACAAGAAAAGGAACGAGCCAGUGCAAAAGCAUGCAAGUCUCGCGCUCCCAGUUUAGCCGAGACAGAAGAAGCUCUGGCUCAAGCAGUGUGGUGCUGGGCUGGCGUGUCUAGCGACUGUAGUUCUUCAUUCCUGGCAGAUGAUGUCUUGGGUGCCUUCCUGCUAUGUCCUCAUCCCAAAAAGCCCAACCGUGGGUCUCUUGUAGUCCGCUUUCCCUCAGGACUGGUAACUCAUGCUAUUAAGAAUUCCAAGGGAAAGUUCCGGCUUGAGAAAUACCACAAUGACUUUGAAAGCCUUGCUGCUUUGAUUGAGCACUACACAGAGUUCAGUGAGGAGCUGGAAUGUUCUCUGAGCUGCGCCCGUGUCAACCACUGCUACAAUUGGGAAGAAAUGGUGAAUAAGAGUUCACGGUUGCUGCAGGACAACAAGAAAGGCACCUUCAAAAACAAAAGUUGGGUUUAAAUCCUGUUUCAUGCAAUUUUUUUUUUUUUUUUUUAAUGCAAUUGUUUUUUAAAAACAUUUUAUACUAUAUUUUAAACUUUACAGAGCUGCUGACAUUAGUAAACCUUCCUAACAAGGAUCUUAAGUCACUGACACAAUUUUUUUUAUAUUUUAAAAGGACACUUCUGUUUUGCCUGUUGGCAAUAACCUCAACCCACCUAAAGCCCUCACAUUGUUGGUGUUUUGGUUUGAAUUUAUUUUCUAGGGAAAUGAGCACUUAGGUUUUUCAUGUAAAUGUCAGCUGUAAAUGUAUAGCUACUCAACAGCUUUUGCAAAAGUGCAGACUAUAUACAUUUUAUGUCCCAGCUAUUAUGGCUUUCAAAUUCUGUAUUAUGUGUUUAUUUUAAUUUUGGACAUUUUUUCUUUCUCCACUCACUUUAUAAGAGAGCUUUUUAGUGAUAACUUGUCCAGUGAAGGAAUUUUUUUUUUUCUUCUUUGCCUGGCUUUGCUCUCGUAAUGUUUUGGAAUUCUUGCACUUCUCACCUUGUAAAUGCGCACAUUUCUGUAAUUAGCUUUGCACCAGUGUAAAUUAAGUGUCUUGCCUCAUUGCAUAAACUGAUUAUACAGUCA